CGGAAGCAGAAGCGGAGCCACCAGUGGAGCUGAGCCGCUGCCCCCGCUGCCCGCCGGCGCCGGGUGGGGGUCCCGGCGGCUGGAUGGGCAGCGGCGGCGCGGGCCGCGGGCGGCGAUGGGCGAGGAACAGAGCACGGUGAGCGGUUGCGGCGGGCCCCAGGAGGUGCGAGCCCCGGACGGGGGCGCCGCGGGCCACCUCGAGUCUCCGAGGCCGCGAGGGGACAGCGCUGGGGCGCCGGGGCCGCGCGCCGCCUCCGCCGAGCCGAGCGGCGGCGGCCGCGGAAGCGACUCGAGCCGUGUGGACUCGGGCGCCCUGGAACCCGCCGGCAGCCAGGGGACGGCGGGGUGGAAGAAGAGCCCAGCUCAGGGGCCGUCCGCGGGACCCUCACUCGGCGGGCCCCUGAACCCCCAGACUUUGCAACUGCAGCUGGAGCAGGAGGAGGAAGCUGGGCACCGAGACGAGGGAGGGGAUGAACAGCAGGAGGCGCCCCCCGGCGAGGAGCCAGAGCCCAGAACCCGCGCCGUGGCCCCCGACGGACUGGUCCGGGACAUUCUGGGUCCGCGGCGCCCACCCCAUGCCAAGCGACAAGUCUUCUGCUCCGUGUACUGCGUGGAGAGCGACCUGCCGGAGGUCCCCACCGCCCAGCCGCUCUCGACGCCCCUGUCUCCACCUCGGGCUCUGCCGGAGCCGAACCCGUCCAACUUCCCGGCCUCCUUCCCCAGUCCCCAGCUGUCCCUCCCAGCUGACCCCCUGUCCCCCGACGGCGGCAGCAUUGAGCUGGAGUUCUACCUGGCGCCCGAGCCGUUCUCUGUGUCCGGCCUGUUAGGUGCUCCACCCUACUCUGGCCUGGGCGGGGUAGGGGAUCCUUACGCGCCCCUCAUGGUGCUGAUGUGCCGGGUGUGCCUGGAAGACAAGCCCAUCAAGCCCCUGCCGUGCUGCAAAAAGGCCGUGUGCGAGGAGUGCCUCAAAGUCUACCUGAGCUCCCAGGUACAACUUGGCCAGGUGGAAAUCAAAUGCCCUAUCACAGAGUGUUUUGAAUUCCUGGAAGAAACAACUGUGGUCUAUAACUUGACCCAUGAAGACUCCAUCAAGUAUAAGUACUUCUUGGAACUUGGCCGUAUUGAUUCCAGUACCAAGCCAUGUCCUCAGUGCAAGCACUUUACAACCUUCAAGAAGAAAGGACAUAUCCCCACCCCUUCCAGAUCUGAAAGCAAAUACAAAAUCCAGUGCCCGACUUGCCAAUUCGUCUGGUGUUUUAAGUGCCACUCUCCUUGGCAUGAAGGUGUUAACUGCAAGGAGUACAAAAAAGGAGACAAACUGUUGCGUCACUGGGCCAGCGAAAUUGAGCAUGGACAGAGAAAUGCCCAAAAGUGUCCAAAGUGCAAGAUCCAUAUUCAGAGAACUGAAGGAUGUGACCAUAUGACCUGUUCACAGUGUAACACUAAUUUUUGUUAUCGAUGUGGAGAGAGAUACCGCCAACUCCGGUUUUUUGGAGACCACACAUCUAACCUCAGUAUAUUUGGAUGCAAAUACCGCUACCUCCCAGAGAGACCUCAUUUAAGGAGAUUAGUGCGAGGGUCAGUCUGUGCUGGAAAAUUAUUCGUUGCACCUCUAAUCCUGGUUUUGGGAUUAGCGCUAGGGGCCAUAGCAGUUGUAAUCGGUUUAUUUGUAUUUCCUAUAUAUUGCCUUUGUAAAAAACAGAGAAAACGAUCACGGACAGGUAUGCAUUGGUAAAAUGCAGAUGAUUUCACUGAACUUAAGUUGGUCCAAGGAGGAGCUAUGCAAGAUGGAACACCAUCUGUGAGUCACAUACUGAAGAACACUGAGAGGAACCUUCUGCCAUCUCGACUCCCUGUGGUUCACUGCAGGCCACAAUGCCUCUAGCUACGGUGCACUCCCAACAUGGUAUCCUGUCCUUUCCCUAAACAAAUUGCUGCUUUUAAAAAAUGGUCACUUUCAUAAACUAUGAACAUCUGUUUGGUAACUCUGACUUUUGUGGUUCUUGGAAGAAAAUAUUUUAAUUAAGAACCAGUUAUCAUCAAAGUUGUUCUGAGGACACCUCUCCUGAGCAUUGUUUGGACUGUCUAAACCCUGCCUAUCUGAGAAAUGUGGUGUGAAUAGCUGAAGUCCAUCUGUCCCAAGAAGCAAGGCCUUUCAGAACAUACAGCUUCACUCAAAGCACCUGUUUUCAAAUGUGGCCCAAGCAGUGUAAUUCCUUUGUCCUUUGGAUAACAUAAUUGCUAAAAAUCUCAGUGCCCAGAGGGAAGUAAUGAAACUAAGCGAGAAGAAUCACGAGUUGCUGAUGUGUGUGUGUGUAGGGAUGUGAAUGUGUGUAUAUAAAUAUAUAUUAAAACUGGGCCCCAUAAACUCGUGCUUCUCUAUCUCCAUGUCUCUAUACUACUUUCCACAUUUUCAUAGACCUAUUAAGAGAUGAUAGUUCCUUUGUGGGCAUAAUUUGGUAAUGUAUUAAAUUGAUGUCAAUAUAGACAACAGGCUGUUUUGAUUUUGACCCUUUCUAUUUCUUGCUCUCUUUUUGUCAUAUACACAGACAUUUGUGCAAUGUCACCCUCAGGCACAUCAAAUGAUAAAGCUAGUAGUAUGCUUUUAGGACUCAAGUACUCAAGAGUUGUCAGAUUUCUUGUAUUUUGCCACAUAUGCUUCACUCUAUGGAUAAAUCCUUCAUGUAGGAUUAUUUCAUCCAAAGAACCGGUUUUCUGUAAAGGGAACUGCUUAACGCCUUUCAGCAAAUGCCUGUUCCACUCAUUUUAAUUAUCAACUUAGAGGUAAUUCUACUUUAGGUCAACUUUUUAAAUUAUUUAAUAUCCUACCUGCUUUUACUCUUUUCUCUUUCUAUCUUUUUAA